CUUGAGGGAGGGCCGGUACAAAUUUAAAAGAGGUAGCAUUGGUCGAAUCAGAUUGUACAACAAAACAAGUCCAGUUAUGAAUCUCCUGAACGCACAUUUAAUCGGUUAGAUAUCUGGCUAACGGUUCCCUCAAUCCGUUCGGAUGUUUCUCAUCUCAAUGUACCUCUCCGAACCGAGAAUUCGCGAUUAUGUACCAAGUAGUGGGCUGGCAAACAACCCUGAGUCUAACAAAGACAGUGGUAUUUUUACGGAAGGUUUUGUUUGUCUGCAUAUGCACCUCACGGUUUUAGCGCUUACACAUAUGUCUUAUUGCGCUGCAUAUAUCUUUAAUGUAAGAGUUCGUAACACUGACUCCAAUCGACGCCUUGACGUAUAUCCAGGCGCAAAAAAUAGAGGAGAGCCAAGAGAUGACAAUCUGUCCAAUCCGUCCUCACUAAAGAUGAACUCAUUCCGCUUGGAUGUGUCCCAACCGUCCUCGUCACCAUGAAUGCUACGUACAUGACUCUCUUGGUGUGGGGGCGCAUACCUCCGCCGCAUUUAAACUCUAACAACUAUUGUUCUCGAUUGGAGUGUAAGCAAGGUCUGCCUCGUAGGAAAAGUGACAUUAUUAUCUUCAGGCUUCAAGUACGCGUCAUCCCUGCUG